GGCAGGUGGGCUAGGCUGUGCUGGGUUGCGAAGGGGGAGAAUAACGUCGGGUCGGGUCAGCGGGCGCUGCAGUAGUCGCCGCAGCGGCGAUGGGAGCGGUGGGGACCAGGCGGCGGCGGCGGCGGCAGGAGGAGGAGCAGAGGCUGGCACAACUACAGCGGCUGGGGGCGGCCAGCAGCAGCAGUAACAGCAGCAGCCGCCGCCGCCGCCAGUAAACGCGGACGGUACCCAAGGGGACUACCCAGCCGACCGGCCCUCGAAGCCGCGCUCCGGUCCCGCCGCGGUUGGCGGCGGGGGAUGGGCAGGCGGCGGCCGUCCCGCCUGCUGAGGGUUGACCGCUGCAGGUCCCGGCUCUGAGCUGGACCCGAGCCCUCCUUCCGAAAUCCCUGCGACCGCCACGGCCCAGUAUUUUUCAGUGACUAAUGCAGAGAUGAGAGGAGGAAAAUAGAGGGGGAAAUGAAUAACUAAAGAGAAAAAUAUGAGCCUUGCUUCUCGUGAAAUUUGAUUUGAAAACAUCAUCUGGAAGCUAAAUUGUAUGGGGUUAGAGAUUCAGCACGGAACAAGACAGAAAUUAUCUCACUUUUAGAAUUUGCAGUACAAUUGGAAGAGACAAUCGUAGAAUAAGGAAUUACAAGUGUUCCAAGAAUCGUGAAGGGAAAAUGCAGACUGCCACGUAAACGUAUUAACUGACAGACCUACAGUCUGGGAAGUGGUUCAGGAAAGUCUUCUAUUUUAUCAACCGCAGUUUAUUCUGCAUAGUCUACCAGUUGCAGAGGUUAGUGGAUAUUUUAUAGCUAUGAGCAGUUAAAUGAUUUAAAAUAAAUGUUUUAAAAUGAAGAGAUUUAAUACAAAUUAAAUGUUCAUACAACUUCUGAAACAGCUUUGGACAAAUCCUUUCCGGACACCAGAACACUUUGAAAACUUUUGCCCUGAAGAGGCCACCCCCUCCCUCCAAUGUUAAAUGGAAACCACCCUUGGGAGCCAGAUGCCUGUGUAGCCAUUCUACCACAUCAGUGAAUUGCAAUGAGUGGAGGAGGAGAGCAGCCGGAUAUCCUCAGUGUUGGAAUCCUGGUCAAAGAAAGAUGGAAAGUAUUGAGGAAGAUUGGGGGUGGGGGCUUUGGAGAAAUUUACGAUGCCUUGGACAUGCUCACCAGGGAAAAUGUUGCACUGAAGGUGGAAUCAGCUCAACAACCAAAGCAAGUUCUGAAAAUGGAGGUUGCUGUAUUGAAAAAACUACAAGGGAAAGACCAUGUUUGUAGAUUUAUUGGUUGUGGGAGGAAUGAUCGAUUCAACUACGUGGUCAUGCAGUUGCAGGGCCGGAAUCUGGCAGAUCUACGCCGGAGCCAGUCCCGGGGCACAUUCACCAUUAGCACUACUCUUCGCUUGGGUAGACAGAUUCUGGAGUCUAUUGAGAGCAUCCAUUCUGUGGGAUUCUUGCACCGAGACAUCAAACCGUCAAAUUUUGCCAUGGGUCGCUUUCCUAGUACGUGUCGGAAAUGUUAUAUGCUUGAUUUUGGCUUGGCUCGACAGUUUACCAAUUCCUGUGGUGACGUCAGACCACCUCGAGCUGUGGCAGGCUUUCGAGGGACAGUUCGUUAUGCAUCAGUCAAUGCUCAUCGGAACAGGGAAAUGGGAAGACAUGAUGACCUUUGGUCCUUGUUCUACAUGUUGGUGGAAUUUGUGGUUGGUCAGCUCCCUUGGAGAAAAAUAAAGGACAAGGAACAAGUGGGCUCUAUUAAGGAGAGGUAUGACCACAGGCUUAUGUUGAAACAUCUCCCUCCAGAAUUCAGCAUCUUUCUGGAGCACAUUUCCUCGUUGGAUUAUUUUACAAAACCAGACUACCAGCUGCUUACAUCCGUAUUUGACAACAGCAUCAAGGCAUUUGGAGUAACUGAAAGUGAUCCUUUUGACUGGGAGAAGACUGGAACUGAUGGCUCCCUCACCACAACCACUACUUCCGCCACUCCUCAGCUGCACACCCGUUUGACCCCUGCAGCCAUUGGAAUUGCCAACGCCACUCCCAUCCCAGGAGACAUGCUUCGAGAAAAUACAGAUGAGGUGUUUCCAGACGAGCAGCUUAGUGAUGGAGAGAAUGGCGUCCCUGUUGGUGUGUCACCAGAUAAAGUGCCCGGGUCUCUGGGACACCCUCGUCCCCAGGAGAAGGAUGUCUGGGAAGAGAUGGAUACCAACAGGAAUAAGAUAAAGCUUGGGAUUUGUAAGGCUGCUACUGAAGAGGAAAACAGCCAUGGUCAAGCAAAUGGUAUUCUGAAUGCUCCAAGCCUUGGUUCCCCAAUUCGUGUCCGCUCAGAGAUUACUCAGCCAGACAGAGAUGUUCCAUUGGUGCGAAAGUUACGUUCUAUCCACAGCUUUGAGCUGGAGAAACGCCUGGCGUUGGAACCAAAGCCAGAUACUGACAAGUUUCUUGAGACCUGCUUGGAGAAAAUGCAGAAAGAUCCCAGUGCAGGAAAAGAAUCUACUCUCCCUGCUCUGCUUCAUAAGCCUUGUGUUCCAGCUGUGUCCCGUGCAGACCACAUCUGGCACUAUGAUGAAGAAUAUCUUCCAGACGCUUCCAAGCCUGCCUCGGUCAACACUCCUGAGCAGGCAGACGGUGGUGGCAGCAAUGGAUUUGUAGCCGUUAACUUGAGCUCCUGCAAGCAGGAGGUUGAUUCCAAAGAAUGGGUGAUUGUGGACAAGGAACAGGACCUUCAGGACUUUAGGACAAAUGAGGCUUUAGGCCCUAAAACAACUGGAAGCCCUUCUGAUGAGGAGCCCGAAGUCCUCCAAGUCUUAGAGGAGUCGCCUCAAGAUGAAAAGCUCCAACUGGGUCCUUGGGCAGAAAAUGAUCAUUUAAAGAAGGAAACCUCAGGUGUGGUCUUUGUGCUUUCUGGGGAGUGCCCUGCCACUGCUGCUUCAGAGCAAUAUAUAGAUAGGCUAGAAUUCCAGGCUGGAGCUGCUAGUCAGUUUAUCACAGUGACACCCACAAGUCCAAUGGAGGCGCAAGCGGAAGGACCCCUUACAGCGAUUACAAUUCCAAGACCUUCCGUGGCAUCUACACAGUCGACUUCAGGAAGUUUUCAUUAUGGUCAGCAGCCAGAAAAGAAAGACCUUCAUACCAUUGAGCCCACUGUGGAACUUUACUCUCCAAGGGAGAACUUCUCUGGCUUGGUCGUGAUAGAGGGCGAACCUCCUAGUGGAGGAAGCAGAACAGACUUGGGGCUUCAGAUAGAUCAUAUUGGUCAUGACAUGUUACCCAAUAUUAGAGAGUAUGACAGAUCCCAAGACCUGGGACCAAAAGACCUUCCUGACCAUAACAGACUUGCUUUGAGAGAAUUUGAGGGCCUCCCUAGGGAAUUGGAAGAGAAAAGCAUUGCUUUAGGGUCAGAUAAUGAAGAUGAGAAAUUAAGUAAAGGGCAGCAUUAUAUUGAGAUCUCCCCUCUCCCAGGAGACUUGGUAACAAUGGAAAGGGAUCACUCAGCUACUACUGAACCUCUUGAUGUGACAAAGACACAGACUUUUAGUGUGGUGCCAAAUCAAGACAAAAAUCAUGAGAUAAUGAAGCUUUUGGCAGUUGGACCUUCAGAAGUAUCUCCACGCGUUAUUGACCCAUAUGUUGAAGAGCAGAUAGGCCAGGUGGCAGCAAUGCAAAAAAGUAAGAUAUCUGAGGAUGACAUCAAGGGUGAAGACUUGCCCAAUCAUUCUGGAGACCUCUCUACUUUUUUGCACCAAGAGGGUAAGAGAGAGAAAAUUGCCCCUAGAAAAGGAGAGCUAUUUAAUCCUGUUUCAGAGAGUGAACACUGUCCCCCAUCCCGGAAGGAUGUGGUUAGGUCAUCCUUUGUAACUAGACACAGCCGAAUCCCUGUUCUAGCACAAGAGAUAGACUCAACUUUUGACUCAUCCUCUCCAGUCUCUGCAAAAGAAAAGCUCCUCCAAAAGAAAGCUUGCCAGCCAGACCUCAUCAAGCUCCUGGUGGAGAAAAGGCAACUCAGGUCUCUCCUUGGGGACCUCUCAAGUGCCUCUGAUAAACUGCUAGAGGAGAGAUUAGCCACUGUUCCUGCUCCCUUUUCUGAGGAGGAAGUCUUCACCCCCUUUUCAAGACUAGCUGCAGAUUCACACCUGAGCAGGUCAGCCGAAGACAGCUUUCUGGCACCCAUCAUCUCCCAGUCCAGAAAGAGCAAAAUUCCAAGACCAGUUUCAUGGGUCAACACAGAUCAAGUCAAUAGCUCAACUCCAUCUCAGUUCUUGCCUCGGCCACCACCCGGAAAACCACCCAUGAGGCCUGGAGUAGAAGCCAGGCUCCGCAGAUAUAAAGUCCUAGGGAGUAGCAAUUCUGACUCAGACCUUUUCUCCCGCCUGGCCCAAAUUCUUCAAAAUGGAUCUCAGAAACCCCGGAGCACUACGCAGUGCAAGAGUCCAGGAACCCCUCACAAUCCAAAAACACCACCCAAGAGUCCAGUUGUCCCUCGCAGGAGUCCCAGUGCCUCUCCUCGAAGCUCUUCCUUGCCUCGCACAUCCAGUUCCUCACCAUCUCGGGCUGGACGGCCCCACCAUGACCAGAGGAGUUCAUCCCCACAUCUGGGGAGAAGCAAGUCACCUCCCAGCCACUCGGGAUCUUCCUCCUCCAGGAGGUCCUGCCAACAGGAGCAUUGCAAACCCAGCAAGAAUGGCCUGAAAGGAUCCGGCAGCUUCCACCACCACUCAGCCAGCGCUAAAGCCCCCCCAGGGAAGAGUAAGUCAGCCAGUAAACUCAGCAGAUAGGAGCUGGGCCGCAGCUCUCUGAAAGGUGUGCGAUCUUCCUCCUAAAUCUGAUGCAUGUGUGUCCCUGUACUGUCUAUUUAAAAAAGAAAAAAAUCAGUGUUGAUCUUCUCUCACAAAAGAAAGUAACAUGAUAAAUUAUUUAUAAGAAGAUAUAAAUAUAAGAAAUUACCUAAGGCAGGCAGCAAGCAGAUCAGGAAUCAGUGUCUUUGCAUAGGAAGGGGCCAUCAGCAAAAUUGAAGGGGGUGAAACUGGUUAAAUGAGCUCUCAGUUUUUAGAUGCCUUCCAAACAAAAAUGUUGAAGGUAGGUGGUAGAUUGGAAUUUUAAGGGGUAUGGCCUGCUUUUUUUUAAGGCUCUACUCAAAGAUUAUAUAGCAAAAGUGAAACUUCUAGUAUUUGCUUUCCAAACUUCCCAACCUUGGAGAGUCAAAUUUUAAGUCCAAUAUUAAGAGUAUGUGAGAAGUGUGUGCUGGGGAGCCAGCACUUGGAUACAUUGGGCUGGUGUGUUUAUCUAAUGUAUUGAAAGUUCACACCCUUACUUUGCAUCAUUCCUAGUACCCUCCUUGGAUUUCACAUUUUUUAAAGUUAGUGUUUGCACCUGAUCCAGUCUCUCUUAUUUUAACACAUUCUAAUAUGCUUUAUUCUAAUAUGCUUUUAAGCAGCACAUGCUAAGAAUUUAAAAUCCAAUUAUUUUUAAUCUCCUAAUAUUUAUCUUUGGAGCAACAGUUCUUAGUAUAUUUUUAUUGUGAAAAAUAACUUGAAAGUUAGGUAAAGGAAGGAAAAGUCUAAAUAGAACUACUUUGCAGGCUUUAGUGCUUUAGGGAGAAGGACAGAGUGUAGAGUAAUACUCUUCAAGAUAGAAGAACCCUCUUCCCUCUGUUAGUUUCCUCCUUGUGGAAGGAAAACUGACCAGAGUAGCAGACCUUGCUUCCUUAAAUAUUCUAGGUACCAGCUCUUUCUACUGUUAACCUCCAAGACAAUACAGGAAAGUACAUCGCUGUGGAAUGUGACUUUAUGCUUUUAGAGCUUUAGAAAGAAACAUAGGAAGAAAUUAGGUACGAUGAGACUUAAAAUUAUCAAACUUUGUAUUUUAUAUGUUUAGCCAAUAAGGAAUGAGUACCUGAGGAAAUAAAUUUAGGGUCAGUAUUUAUCUUUUAAGGUUUUAUUACCUGCUUCUCCUGUGUUUUAGUUUGAAUAUUUGGGCUUCUUGACCUGAUUUACACGUAAUCUUAAUUUAUAAAGCCGUAAGGAGGAUCAUAUUUGUUCUGAUCUCACUCUUUGCUAAGAGGAAUCAAUCAAAGUUAAAUUAGACUAGAUUUUUUAAAUGAGCUCUUUUAUAUUUUGUAGUUUUUGUGUUGUAAAGACCUCAUUAAGGUCAGGUAAAUUGGUCUGCUUGCUGUUGAAAUCUGCCUUCUAGCAAACAUCUGUGCUUUCGCUUUGACCUUGUGUUUGCUGCCAAAUCUAAUAUGGUUGAAUUGGAAAACAGAAAAAGAAAGAUAUGUCCUCACCAAGUGAACAUACUCUAAUGCUGCAUCAGAGCUGCCCUGAAGCUGCACUGACUGAACUUUUCUUGUUCUCUUUAUCUGUGUCGAGCUUUUUGAAAAAAAAACAAACAAAAAACUCAAAACACUAUUGAGACAUAUAUGGUCUUCCAUAAGAAAUGUAGCAUAAUGUGGAAUCUUAAUUUCUCUCCAGUUUCAAGACUACUGAGGAAUGCAGUAGAUAAGACAUAUUUGUUGUUUAACUAAAGCAACUGUAAUAUCGGAAGACCAAUCCUUCUGUAUUAUAUUGUAUAAUAGUUGCUAAAACACUACUUGCAUGUCUUCAUGGUAAAUUAUAUAAAUAUUUAUAAAUAUAUAGAGAAACAUAUGCUUAUCUAAACUCAUUCUUUCUCAUUCUCCAUUUGUAAUUUCAAGAUCACAGAUGGUGAGAUUACUUUUUAUUGUGUGCCUCGUGUACACUUGGGCCUUGCCUAUCUUCAUUUCUGAAAAUCUGUUCUUGGCAUGUGACACUUCAGAUCUUUUGCCUUCCUUGUAUAUAGUGCAAAGGUUGGCAGUCUUUAACAGGCCAAGAUAGGUUAUUUAAUUUUCAUUUUAAAAAAAUUUUAAUAGGGGAAAAAGUACUAGGACAGCUUGUAAUACUGAUUCAGAGGUUUGUCAUGUCAAUCACAUAAUUCUCUCCUAUGGUUAGAGUGGAUAACCUGGGUUGAUAAUCAUGGGUCUACUAUAAAUAGAUUUUUUUUUAAUCUCUUAAAAAAUUACCAUUCUGCUUUCCUCUUUUCAUCUCACUUUGUCAGGGGCAGGGUGGAGGUAAGAAGUAAUCUGUAAUUAAGAAAUUAUCUUGUUUUUCCUGUUGUAUUAGCAAAAUUGUGCUAAAAGUAGCCAGCUUUAAAUCCUGACCCCUCUAAUCAGAAAUGUGCUUGUGGUAACUAUUCGAAAAACUGAUGAGGCUGCGAACAGUAUGAAGUAUGCUAUUUCAUUUUUUACGGGCACGUCUCUGCUAGUUAAGCCUGAUAGUGAUGACAACAUGGCAGCUAAAUGUUCUCUCUCUCUCUCUCGAGUCCUUCCGUUUUUCUCCCAACUUUUCCACUGUGUUGCCCCUUUUUCUAAAUGGCACUGACAAACUCAAGAUCCAGAGAGAGAAAACUUUGCUGUGUAAGAAUGUUUUAUUUUGCACAUAGAGAAAAAGAGUUAACCAAAGAUAUUUCUGCUUGGAUACUUUCAAAAAAGAUUAAUUAUAUCUCAUGUAUCAAUAUAGCCACUUAAAAGGAUUGUCUUGUAUAGAGAUUUACUCUGCUUUUUUUUUUUAAAAAAAAAAAAAAAAAAAAACCUCUAUGGUUUUAGAUGUCUUGGGCUAAAAAGAGAAGUUGGCAGCCCUGAGCAAAGCACUUUUGGCACAAGGGUUUUUGUUUUUAUUUCUGUAUGAUACAGAAAAUGAAUUGGGUUUUGUUGUUAUUGUUCUUUUUAAAUUUAUUAUUUUUUUUUAGUGGUGGCAUAUUUCACACUUCAGUGACAUAAGUCAUCCAAGUAAUUCUGAACCAGUUUGGUUAUUCUAAAAUGAGGGACUUGGCUAUCCUUUAAAGUCAAGCCAAACUAUAUUAAGAGUAGUAUGGGGAAGAAGUUAAAAUUACCUUUUGAAAACCAAGUGCCUCCUAGAUUCUCCUAUCACAACAAAAUGGUUAGUUACCUUGUCACACUUGCCCUUACCCUCCCUUGUCCAGUCUCUGGAAUUACUUGAGUGGAGCAGAAGAUGAAAUUAGCCAUAGCUCAGUCUCUUUAGGUAGCUUACUCCUAAAUUAUGCUGCCAAAUCUCCAGGGUGUAUAGAUUGUUUGAAAUAUUAAAAUUCCACACAGCAGUCUUUUGCACAGCUUAAAGGCAUUUAACUCUAACGUAUAGUGAACAAAGAAUGAAAAUUGGGUCAUAGCAAAUUUAACUGUAAAGCACAGAUUAUAAACAUGCUUGAAUGGUGAGUCUUAAAUAGACACUGUUACUCUCAGCUGUGGUGUGCAAGCUGGCCUUGCUGACAGCAGCAUAGUUACAUUCUGGUUUUUAAGUUGCAUGUUAUGAAGUGAAACUUUUUUUUAAGUUGCCAAGUUAAUCAAGUCCUAAAUAACUAGCAAAAUGGUAAUUGAGACCCACUGUUGCCAUUAUCCACUCUGUAUUGUUUGCUUUGAAACACUAAACAAAUCUCAGCUGCUUACUAAUCCAGUGGACUAGGGUGCAGUAUCUCUCUGUGUCACUCUUAGCCACUACAGGAACUUGAGGUUCUUCUGUAAUCAUCAGCGAUUCCUUCCAGGCCACAGAUUUUUAUGUGAAUGUUUCUAUGGUUAUAUUUAAUUGACAAAGGAAAAUGUUGGUGCAUGUUUUAUAAUCCCAGACACAGAUAGUUAAAACCAUAACUAGUUUUUAUAUAUCCAAUAGCUUUGAAUUAAAAACAGAUGCUUCUUCCCUCAAGAGCAGAGGAUUCUUUGUUCUAGGAACUACAUUUUUAAUCUAACAUUAGAAUUGGUGAUAGGAGAAAAAGGAUCUGGAAUUCAGAAUUUAGUGGCUUAAGGGAAAAAUGCAUCUUACUUUGGCUACUUGAAAACACAUUUAUUUGUAGAUAAGUCUAGAUUUAGCCUUGAAGGUCAGAAUUUUCACAUUUUAAAACUUUUUCAUUCCUGAUAUCAAAGCGUGACAUAUGUUAGGGAACUAUUUCUUUUGUCAUGUUUAUGUGUUUUGGAAUUAAGUUGUAUGCAUUCAUUGUUUUAAAAUCUGCCCAUUUCUGUUUAUGUGUAUUUACCACACAUGUGUUGGGACUUUGCCUAAAGGAGAGAGAUUUCAGCACCUGUAUCACUGAGGAGAUAAUGGUUGAUGACAACUGUGUUUCAUUUUCUUGAGUUUGUACUAUAGACAGUUGUUUGCAGAACAUCAUCUGUGUUCUAACAAGUAUUCAGGAUUAAGGCAUGUAACCACUGUGGUAGUCCUCACAUGUCAAUAUUUACCCAAGUUCAGGAAUCACAGGUGCAUAUUUAGACCUUAACUUAGAGAUGGGAACAAGAGGCAGUUCUAAUCCACAGACAGACAUACAGAAAGAGUAGUUCAUGGGAAACCCCAGGUGGUUGUUAGGACGUCCCACUUCAUCCAGUAGAACUCUGGUAUAGAAUUCAAGGAUGUGGGAGUAGUGUGGAAACAUAUCAUCGGAUAUUCUCCAGAGUUUGGCUGUCUCUCUGGCAUCAUGAGAAAUUUAAGCCAGUUAGACUCAGGAUACUGCAGAAUCUCUUGCCAGCACUGCUAGGGAGAACUGCAGGCAAUAAAUGGGGAAUUCAUAUAGUUCUUAGGUAACUCCAGCAAAUGGACAAGGAUCCCCCUAUUGAUUUAAAGGGAAAUUUGGAUGCUACACACCUCAAAUUCUUGAAAUUAUUAUAUUCUUGACCCAUCAGUAUAUUUUCUAGUUCAGUUGUGGUUAUCUGUUCCAAAUUUUAAAACAUAAGCUUGAUGUUUAAUUACUUCCCUUAAGCAGAUCCAAAAAUCAGAGUAUGUGACAAGAUCAAAGUCACCUUGAUCUGAUCCACAAUCUUAAAACUCUAAAUCUGUAGAUUUUGCUGGAUUCUUGGUCUUAAGGAGACAUGUAAAGGAAGUGAAGCCUUUUUCUUCAUUGCCCUGUGAAACUUUAACAGGAUCUUCCUCUUUAAUUGAAGUGACAGUAUGGAUGCUCUGGGUCAGGGAUUCUGGGUUCCUUGACUGAGAGAAUGGGAUUCCAUGAGGCAGACCUUUGAGCCCAUGUGACUAUAGAACUUGCUGACAUAAUUUUACACACUAAUGAUAGGAAAUUUUCUCUUUCUUUUCAGUAGUUUAAUAUUGUUUCAUGUUGUGUACAUAAGUGUUCACUCACCAAGUUAAAAACACUGGGUAAACCUAAUUUUUAUAUAGACUACCCCUGCCAUAUAUUCCCCCUCCCCACCCCCCCCCACCCCUUAAAAUAUACAGUUCAAAUCCUUAAAAAUUCCUAUACGGCACUUCACCAUCCCUGGGGUCUAUCUGGGUGUUCUUCUCAUCCACAAGGGAUAAACAAACCUACCAGAGUAUAUUUUAGGGAUCAACGCAGGGAAGGGAAAGCCCUUGGGAUUUUUUUCUUUUUAAACUAUUCACCAGUUAGAUAAAUUAGUUCACUAAUUCAGAAAUACAAAUAGAGGAAGCUAAAGGAAAUAUAACAUGUACCACUGGGGCUCUGAAAUUGGAUUGUGUGAACUUGUGAACUGAGUAAAGAAAAAAACAGAUGACCCAGGCUCGCACUUCCUCACUUCUCAUGCACAGUUCCUGGUUCCCCUCCUGACUCCUUUCCUAAAAUAACCAAGUGCUGAUGUCAUUGGGUCAUUUACUUACAAGUUUACAGCUUUUAGGAAAAAAGAGAGAGUUGAGAAGCACCUAAUUUUGAAUUAGAUGUAAAUCUUGAAAGUUUCUAACUGUUGGCAUCUUUUAAAUCAGAUGGAACCACAAACCAGAAGAAUUCACUCAUCGAGCAAGACAAGUUAGAGUAAUUUAACAGUUCCAUAGUUUUCUCCCUUUUUUCUCUUCAUGAAAUCAGUGAUGAGAAACUGCUCUUUGAAAUACCUCCAAAGGUAUUGUAUUGUAUCCCUUUCCCCUCCAAGCAGCCCUCUUUAUGCAUUUUUGCUCAGGCAACCAAGGACAGAGUAUUGGCAGAAACAUGAGUGCUUUUGUAUAGGCCAUCUGUACAUAAAAGUGUAAUUAUUUAUUUAAUUUUCCCAUUUGUAUCAUAUUAAAGCUUUGUACAGUGUUUUAAGUUCUGUUUUAAAAUUAUUUUGUAUUUUAUUUUUAUAAUCUAGUAAUAAAAUAUUCAUUCCGCAUGCAAA